GGUCCGCCUUUCAACUAGCAAGGUACAUCUUCGAACUUCAACGCUCAUUCAGCUCACACCUCCAACAACCGCCUCACCAUGUUCACCAAGUCCUUCGCCCUCCUCGCCCUCGCCGCCACCGGCGCGCUUGCCAGCGGCUCGACCGAGUGCACCAAGACCGCCUGGCAGACGUCGACGGCAUACUACCCGGGCACAACGCUGACGACGCAUGUGGAUGGGACCAAGACGGACCACCCUCUCGUCGUGGUGACGCUCACCCCGUCGGUGACGCCGACGUCGUGGCCUGGGCAAGCUCGGGAGCUUGACGCGCGCGGCUCGCCUUGCAGCUCGUAUACCACGACCACCUCGACGACAUGGACGGCCUCGCCGGAUCCGACGUCGACCGCUACCGUGACCGAGUGGGCGACCACCGUGACGGGCGAGCCGGAGACGAUUACCACCUGCCUGUUCUACACCACGCUCGCGUCUUGUGGUGUGUAGCUGGGUGUCGGGUCUCGUUGGGACUUGCGCCGAAAAAUGGUUUGUUCAGUGCUGUCGAUGGGAUUCGGUUUAUGGAAGGUCUGCCUGGGCAUGUCUUCUAUAAUAGAGUUCGAAGCUGUGCGGUAUGUCUUCAGAUUGUCAAGUAAUGCCAUAGGUGGUACAGUCGGGCUCGUGCAAGUACAAUUGCGAAGAGUGUCAUGGUCAGAGGCAGAAAGGAAUGUUCGCC